GUGUCAUCCUUUUCUUAUGCGGACAGUCUUCCUCCAUCCCUCAUUAUCAGCAUCAUUUUCUUCAGAUGCUCCGCCGCGUUAGCUUCGACUAAACGGGGACACUUUGAGACCGCAGAGCCCUCCUGGCGUCUUUAAACUAUAUCAUAAAAAUGCCCAGCGUGACGGUGAAGGAUGUCAACCAGCAGGAGUUUGUUAAGGCAUUGUCAGCUUUCCUUAAAAAAUCUGGGAAACUAAAGGUCCCAGAGUGGGUCGACACUGUGAAGCUGGCCAGACACAAGGAGCUAGCUCCCUGUGAUGACAACUGGUUUUACACCAGAGCAGCAUCCACAGCCCGCCACCUCUACCUGCGAGGAGGAGUGGGAGUGGGCGCCAUGAUCAAGAUCUAUGGAGGCCGCCAGCGGAACGGCGUAUGCCCCGCCCACUUCAGCGUGGGCUCCAGGAAUGUAGCGAGGAAGGUCCUUCAAGCCCUGGAGGGCCUCAAGAUGGUGGAGAAAGACCCCAAUGGUGGUCGUCGACUUACUCCUCAAGGUCAGAGGGAUUUAGACAGAAUCGCUGGACAGGUCGCCUCUGCAAACAAGAAACAGCGAAGUUUACAAAGCGCCGCCUGAGGAAAGCGUCCAGAGCGCGUACGCCGUGUUUAUUCACUUUUUAUUUGCUUGUCUUUCCAUAUCAGCCUGGUUCCCACUCUGUCCAAGGACAGCAGAAAGAGAUGCAUGAGUCUGAAGUUCAGCUGAACUUGUGAACCAAUAUAAAGUAUAAACAAGCAUUAGCAUGUUAAAGUUGUUGCUCUCCACCAAGAAGCUGUGAAAAACGGAAAAUAAAACAAAUGCAACGGACCCAAAAACAUGUUUUACUCUUUCGAACAGCUUUGUCUGCAGAAAAUUAUGCAUAUUGUUGAUUUAGCUACACUAAAAGCUGAUCAAUAAAUGUAUUUGUCCUGUCAGCACUAA